AUGAUUUCUGUCUUUCGCCAAUCAGCAAGACCGUUGGUGAACGUUCGCGCGCGAACCGUUGUUGGACGGCACGCAGCGCUAGCUGCCACGGGCGUGCGUUUUAACAGCACAGAGACGCCCGAGCCGAAAUUCGACACCUCGCUAGGUUUCGACGCAGAGACGGUGUCGAACGUGUCGAACACGCUGACCUCUGAUCAGUGGGGGUACAUGAAAAGUGUCGGGCUCAGCGACGGCUGGUGGCCCUCUGACCUCAUACAGACCACUCUCGAGGCCGUGCAUGUGACCACGGGCCUGCCGUGGUGGGCCACCAUCGCCGCUACAACGCUGGGCAUCAGGUUCGCUUUGCUACCGCUUUUCAUGGCCUCGUCAGACGCCAUGGCCCGCUCGCAGGCUGCUGCUCCCGAGACGAAGGUGCUGCGGAAAGAGCUGAACACCGCGAUGGCCAGAGGAGACCGCAUGACGCAGCAGCUGAAGAUGCAGGAGAUUAAAAAGCUGAAUAAAAAGUACGGUGUCAAGUACUCGAGAAUGUUUCUUUCCCCAGGAAUCCAGCUCACGUACGGUAUUGGGUCGUUUUUCGGUAUAAGAGAAAUGGCCAACCUGCCCGUGCAAGGCUUUGAAAGCCAGGGUCUGUCCUGGUUCAACGACCUGACUGCUCCAGACCCGUACAUUGGGUUGCAGCUGAUUUCUGCGUGUCUGUAUGCUGCGUCGUUCAGAUUCGGAGGCGAGACGGCCAUCAGCCAGUUCAGCUCUAAAACCCAGAAGGCCUUCAUGGCGCUGCCGUUCCUGUCCAUUGUCUUCACCUGGAACAUGUCUGCGGCCGUGCUGGUGUAUUUCACGGCCAACGGUCUGUUUUCGAUCAUACAGGCCCGUCUGCUCAGGUCCGCCAAAUUCAGGAAAAUGUGCGGCAUGUAUCCGAUGCAGAAACCAGCCAAGGACGGCAAGGGCCUGAUGGAGAACUUUUCGGAGACUUGGAAGGAGAUGCAGGAAAACUCAGAGGUGAGAGAAAAGGCCGACGAGAAGGCCAGAACCGCUGCGCUACGCCAGAUGGUGAAAGCCAAGUCGCAGAGAGCUAUCAUUGAGAAACGUGAUAAAUAA